AUGAAAGGUAAAUUUAAUGGGCUGAAAAGUUUGAUCUUAAAAGAAAACAGUUAUGCUUUCUAUGUUUAUUGUUUUGUUCACCAAAUUCAAUUAGCACUUGUUGUUGUUGCCAAAAAGCAAGUUGAUGUUGGUUGUUUUUUUAGUUUGGUUAACAAUGUAUCUAACAUUGUUGGAGGUUCAUGGAAAUGUCAAGAAAUUCUUAGAGAAAGUCAAAUGCUUAAAGUUCAAGAAGCUUUAUUGAUUGGUAAAAUUUUUAGCUGGUUUGGCUUAAAUCAAGAAGCUACAUUGAAAUGUGUCAGAGAUACAAGAUGGGGCUCACAUUAUGGUACAAUACUUAGCUUGAUCUAUUUGUUUACUUCAGUAAUUGAUGUCCUUGAAUUUAUUGAGGAAAAUGGCUCAUCAUCAGAUCAACAAAUUGAAGGUUGUCAUUUAUUGAAAUGUAUACAAUCUUUUGAAAAAUAUAUUUGGAAUUACUAA